AUGGCUCAACCUACCCAACUCGCAUAUCGCACGGCUAAGGGUGUUGGCAUCCUGAAUGCCGCGCCUGCAUAUGAAGCGCUCCCAGGCUUCACGCGGCCAGAGGGCAACCUCCGCUGCUGUGUCUACUCGCCCGACGGUCGCUUCUUCGCCUGGGCCUCUCCUGACCAGGUGACUGUUGUCGACACGACUGAGGGCCACACAGUCGCAACUCUUCCCACCCAAAACGUAUUCGAGCUGGGCUUCUCUCCCCUUGGCACCUACAUCAUUACCUGGCAGAGACCUACCAAGGACGAGAAUGGCGACGCCGUCAAGAACCUGAAGGUCUGGCGUACCAUUGCCGACGAGGCCGAUCGCCAGGUCGUUGGCCAAUUUGUGCAGAAGAACCAGACUGGCUGGAACUUGCAGUACACUCUUGACGAGGAGUUCUGUGCUCGCGCCGUCACCAACGAGGUACACUUCUACAAGACGUCCGACUUGGGCACCGUCCACAACAAGCUGCGUGUCGAGGGUGUUCAGGACUUUUCUCUGUCCAAGGGUCGCAAUGCCAAUAUCGCCGUCUUUGUGCCCGAGCGCAAGGGCAUGCCCGCCCAGGUCAAGGUCUUCAACGUGCCUCACUUUACCUCGCCCGUUUCGCAAAAGACCUUCUUCAAGGCCGACAAAGUCCAGCUCAAGUGGAACGAGGAGGGCACCAGCUUGAUCGUUCUGGCCCAGACCGAUGUCGACAAGACCAACAAGAGUUACUACGGAGAGACCAACAUGUACAUUCUUAGCUCCAGCGGUGCCUUUGACUCGCGUAUCGUUCUGGACAAGGACGGCCCCAUCCACGACGUCUCCUGGUCACCCAACUCCAAGGAAUUCGGUGUCGUCUACGGCUACAUGCCCGCUAAGACUACCAUCUACAACCAGCGUGCUGUCGCCCAGCACAGUUUCAACCUCGGCCCCCGCAACACCAUCAUUUUCUCUCCUCAUGGUCGCUUUGUCAUUGUCGCUGGUUUCGGCAACUUGGCUGGUACCAUGGACAUUUACGACAUGGAGAAGAACUACCAAAAGGUCUCAACCAUUGAGGCCAGCAAUGCCAGUAUCUGCGAGUGGUCUCCUGAUGGCCAGCACAUCUUGACAGCCACCACCAGCCCUCGUCUGCGCGUCGACAACGCUAUCCGCGUGUGGCACGUCUCGGGUUCUUUCAUGUUCAACGAGGAGAUGAACGAGCUGUAUCACGUCACCUGGCGUCCCGAGUCCACCGAGAAGCACCCUCUGGGCAACCCUCUCGUCAACCCCCCUGCUCCUCACUCGUCCGCUGCUGCUCAUCUUGCCACCAAGAAGGCUCCCUCCAAGCCUGUUGGUGCUUACAGACCUCCUGGCGCUCGUGGCUCUUCCACUCCUCUCCACUUCAAGCGUGAGGACGAAGGUGGUGCCGCUUUCAUCAACCAGGGCAUUUCUUCCGCUAACAUCGGAGCUAACGGCUUCGGCUCUCGCCCUAGAAGACGAGAGGUUCCUGGUGCUGAGACUGCCGAUCCUUCUGGUGCCGCUCCCGGCGGCGGUGUCCCUCUCGCUGGCGCCGAUGGUGAUGAGAACCUUAGCAAGGCUGCUCUCAAGAACAAGAAGAAGAGAGAGGCAAAGAAGGCCAAGGACGCAGAGGCCAAGGCUUCCGGUCUUGCCCCCGAGGCCAACGGUGACGGCCAGCAGCGCAGAGAACGUAGCAGAUCAAAGUCUGGUCAGCACGGCCCUGUGCGCGGCCAGUCUUACCGUGGGGACGCCCCUGCAACUCCCGUCAAGCAGGCACCCGCUCCCACCCCUGCUCCUGUCGCUGCCCCCGAGGUCACCGUCAGCAGCCCUAUUGUUGAGUCCAGCCAAGAUAAAAAGGUUCGUGCCUUGUUGAAGAAGCUGCGUGCCAUCGACGACCUGAAGAUGCGUCAAGCCGGUGGUGAGAAGUUGGAAAACACGCAGGUAUCCAAGAUUUCGACCGAGGAGGGUGUCCGCAAGGAGCUUUCCGCUCUUGGUUACAACGAGUAG